UAUACCUAGUGAAGAUUUUUUAAGCUAAAGGUAUUUGUUUGGCAAAUUUUGAAUCGAAUCCUCCCCACCACUGAGGCCCUUAUAGAUCGUAAGGUCCCUAUCCUUCCUCGUUGUCCUGUCUGUUGGGGUGGCCCGGAAACCAUGGAGCAUCUGUUUCUGGAUUGUCCUGUUGCGCGUACGCUUUGGGGUUAUGCGGGGCUCGAAUACUUAGGGGAGGGGUUGCCUCGGCAUACUUCCCCAUGUUUCUUAAGCGUUUGCUAGCCUUAAUUCAGCAGCCGACGCUCCUCAUGGCAGUUGUCUCGGUCCUUUGGCGCAUCUGGAGGUCUAGAAAUUGGGUGGUGUUUGAAGGAAAGCAGUUUGGAUUCCCCGCUUUGUUGAGGCAGUUUUCCCAGUAGUAUGAGGAAUGGGUGGGGCUGCCGGCGGAUGAGCCCUCCAGGCCUUCCCCCACCCCCCCCCCCCCCCCCCCCCCCCCCCCCGAUGAGCGCUCCACCAGGUGUGCUGGGCCAGGCUGCUGGGGUUGUUUGUCUGUGGGAUGGGGCUACCAGGAAGGGAUCACAUUCAGCAGGUGGUAUGGUUCUUCGGUCUCUGUCUGGGGGUGUGCUUAUGGCUAAAGGGAUCCAGUUCCCGGGGAUUGAUGACCCAACCGUGGUGGAGCUGCUUGUGCUCCGGGAGGCUAUCGCGUGGUGUUUAGGCCAGGGCUUCACGGGGAUGAGGUUUGAAGGGGAUGCCAAGGUCAUUAUUGAUAAAAUCAACAGUAAGGAUGCUAGUGAUAGCCGGAUGGGUGUUGUUUUGGAAGAAGUUUUACAAUAUUUUUGUAGCAACCCUGGGUUUAGUGUGCGAUUUGUAGGUCGGCGUAAUAAUAGGGUAGCCCAUUUGGUGGCUAGAAAAGCCCUCUCUUUGUACCCGACUACGAGUCGUUUCUUUGAUUUUCAGGCCUGGCUGGGGUCUAGGAUGUAACUAUUUAUGUUUUGGUAUCAAUAUAUGAUUAUCUUUUGUAAAAAAAAAAAGACACUUCUAACAACAACAAAUAAUUAUUUUUCUACUUGUGUUUUGUAAUAUUUGAACCUAUAAUUCUUUCUAUAUUUAUUUUCUAUCAAAUAAAUAUUAUUUUCGUGCCAUGUUCGUUCUUAUACUCAAUAAAGUCUCGAAAAUAUUAGGCCCGACACGACCCACUUAUAUACCGUGUCGUGCCCGUGCCCAUGAAGUUUAGGUCCGGCACGACCCAUAAAUUAUUUGUGCUCGUGCCGGCCUGGCCCAUUUAUUUCGUGCCCGUGCUCGUGUCGUGCUCUAACCGUGUCGUGCCGUGCUAGCCCGUGGGCGGCACGACUCGGUGACCACGUACAGUCCUGUCUUACUCGUUAGGGUAGGGGCAUGCCAUAAUAACGAUUAGCCCAUAUAGUUUCAAAUUGGAGUUAGUCCGGGUCAAACAGAGUAAUCAUGAUUGGGCUCAAUUGGUCUUCUAUUUUAUUUGUGGUAUUGGAAAGGAAAAGAUUUAGGCCAAUACUACGGUGCUGCUAUAAAAACUGAUGUGGCGUGGGCUGGCUUAAUGUGUUAAAACCAAAAACUCCAAACCAAACCGGAUUAAUGCAUUUGUUAAUAGAUUGGGCCAAACCCCUAUUAAUAGAUUUGUUUGUUCGAAAAAGAAAGGGAGGAGACAAAAUGAACUCCACAAGCACAUCGUAGCUCAUCAAUCCCCCAUCUCUUGCGACGUCUCGGGCGUCGAUUCGAUCUCUAGUGUCUACCUAACGCAUCCAAUUAAACCCUUCAUCUUUUCUUCCUUCUACAUCCAAUGAAGUCCUUCACCUUCAGCCACCUUAUGUGUCCAUCGAACAGGAGCAAGUGUUGGGAGAGCUAGCGGUGUUAUGGAAAAAGACGAACAGGGCCGCCUUACAGUACCAGACGAGCCCAACCCAAUGAAGAAGAGAUUGGCCCUCCUGCUGUCUUUGCCUUUGAACUCCGCAUGUGCAUCUGGUUUGGGGAUGCUGAUAACAGACCCCCUUCUCACAUUAAUUCAUAGUUAGGGAGAGCGCUUUCAGGUGGUGGAUCGGUGAAAGGUUACAACCACAACCAGGUAAUCGUCCUCCUCCCUUACGGGUAUAAUAGCAUCUGGGUAUCUUUUAAAAGAAAACCCCAACGUUACAAAAUAUGUUUAAAUGGGUCUGGUUUGCAUGAGGGAAGAAAAGGGUAUUUGGGAUGGGAAUGAUUAUCCUGGAGGUGGAAAGAUUUAUAUAUAUAUACAUGAGCAAAGUUGGGUUUAUUAAGUGGAAUUAUAUAUAUUGCAUGGAUGGACCCUCAAUUGAUUGGUUGUAGAUGUUUUCCUGUACCGUUAAGAUUAAUGGAUUAUAAAGGUAUUUAUGGUAAUAGAACAAAUGAAAUGGAGGGGCCUUUUGGAACCCACGACUGAUUAUAGCUUAGUUUGCCUCUGUUGUAGCUUAUGCAGAAACAGCUUUUGGUUGGAGCUUUUAGAUAAGUGAUUUUCAAAAGGAGCAGUUGAGUGUUUGGCUGUAAAAUUAUUUGAAGUACUUUUUAAUAUGAUAGGUUGUGUAAAAUGACUAUAAAAGACUUAUAAUAUAAAAUAUGAAUACAAAUUCUAAACAGUAAAAAAUAUUCAAAAUGGAUCUUUUUAGAUUUCUUUUAUAUUAAAUAAUAUGAUUUUAUAAUUUAUUUUAUUUUUAAAAUGAUAGAAAUUAAGAAAAAUUAUAUUUUAUAAAAUAAAAUUAAAAUAUGGUAAGGAUAAUCUUGUAUUAAAAUAUGAUAAGCUCCAAAUCGGAGCUUCUGCUUUUAAGUUAUACAAAAGCGCUUUUCGGCUUUUCAAAAGCCGAGCUUUUAGAGGUGUUUGGCCCUGCUUCAGCUUUUGAAGCCGAAAAGCACUUCUAAAAGCCUGGUCAAACAUAGGCUAUGUGUCAGGGGAAGUUUUGGGAAAAAUCUUGCUGCAAUUUCGGCAUGUUGGCUCUUUUAACUCCACCUACGAUUACGAUUAAAAGAGUGGGUUUUGGGUUAAUUAGUAACCUGUUAAAUUUAAACUUGUUUAAAUGAAUUCCUUAAAGGAAACAAGCAAGCGGGCGAAUCAUCAAGAGGCAAGGGCAUAGCGAAAUAGCAAGCGUGUUGUGAGUAAAUUCUAAUUUAAUGUUUAUCCUAAUAUGAUUAUGGUAUUCGGGUCAUGAAGUGGCCAGAGUACAACGUAUAUGAUGGCUUCAUAAGACUUAAACCAAUUGUAAUUGAAUGUUGCUAUGUGGCAUGGUUACAUGAUUGAAUGAUGAUGAAAUGAUUGAAUGAUCCUAUGAUUGGAUGAGGUUACCGUAUCAUGGUAAUUGUAUGAUAAUGUGAUGAUAUGAUGAAAUGAUUGUAUGAUGAUAUGACCAGAAGGUAAUAAUACAUGUUAUGUGUGUGUCGAACGGUAUUAUAUGAUGAGUAUAUGAAAUGUGAAAUGGUACUCAAAGCAGUCUAAGUGAAAUGAAUUGCAAGAAUGGUUGUCUGUGAAUUGUACGAGAUGAGAUAAAAUGGUCUAUGAGCCAUACAAGCGAAUGUGAUAUGAAAUGGCUCUUGUGGCACGCAAGUGAUAUGUUUAGUCGCGACUAACUAUAAGAUUAUGCAUGCUCACCUAAAGCAAACGUAAUGGCGCCCUAUCAUGCACUCAGUAUAAGUGAAAAGAGGCUUUCAAGCCUAAGAGAUAAAAAGAGUUAUACGAGAACUCCUUUUAAGAAGUAAUGUCAGGCCUAGCUACGAUGUUGAUAUAUUGUUGAUUUUGGAUGCAACAUGAGUAUUUGAAUGUCAAUUUUAGUAUUGGUCAUAUUUGUGUUAUAUGUGAUUGCGAUGGUAAUCUCAGUAUUUUUCAUAUUUGAUAUAUAAAUUGUGAACCCUUAAUUACAUGAAAUAUGAGAUAUGUGAAGGUCGAUGUGUUAUAUGUGAUAUCAAGUGAUAUGAGGUAUAUUUUGUGAUAAUCUCCUGUGACGAGUGGUACAAUGAAUAAUCAGGAAAUUG